AAGGCGGCGACUGGAGACUUGUUGAGAGCCGAGAGGCGUUUUUUCCCCUCCCCUGGCCGGCCCGAUGGAGGAAGACGUUAUGGACAAAGUGGAGGACAUGGCGUCGGUGGGGGACUUCGACCCGCUCACGGGCACGAUCCCCGCCACCAAAGUGGAGCUCACCGUCUCCUGCAGGAACCUUUUGGAUAAGGACACGUUCUCCAAGUCUGACCCAUUAUGUGUAUUGUAUACUCAGGGCAUAGAGAGCAAGCAGUGGAGGGAGUUUGGCAGGACUGAAGUUAUCGACAACACCUUGAACCCCGACUUUGUGCGCAAGUUCAUCCUUGAUUAUUUUUUUGAAGAGAAGCAAAAUUUACGUUUUGAUCUGUAUGAUGUGGACUCCAAAAGCCCUGACCUUUCAAAACAUGAUUUCCUGGGUCAGACAUUCUGCACACUGGGUGAGAUUGUUGGGUCUCCAGGAAGCCGAUUGGAGAAGCCUUUGAUGAUGGGAGCAUUUACAUUACAUUCCAGAACUGGGAAGCCCAUGCCAUCGGUCUCCAAUGGGGGCAUUCCAGGGAAGAAGUGUGGCACCAUCAUCCUUUCUGCUGAGGAACUGGGUAAUUGCAGAGAUGUGGCCACAAUGCAGUUCUGUGCCAACAAGCUGGACAAGAAAGAUUUCUUUGGAAAAUCUGAUCCUUUCAUGGUGUUCUAUAGAAGUAAUGAGGAUGGGACGUUUACUAUAUGUCACAAAACAGAAGUGGUGAAGAACACUCUGAACCCUGUCUGGCAGUCCUUCUCCAUUCCUGUGAGGGCCCUCUGCAAUGGAGACUAUGACAGAACUAUAAAAGUGGAAGUGUAUGACUGGGACCGGGAUGGCAGCCAUGAUUUCAUUGGGGAGUUUACAACCAGCUAUCGAGAACUGGCUCGAGGACAAAGCCAGUUCAAUGUCUAUGAGGUGGUAAAUCCAAAAAAGAAAAUGAAGAAAAAGAAGUAUAUAAACUCAGGAACAGUGACAUUGCUCUCAUUCGCCACAGAAUCAGAGCACACAUUUUUGGACUACAUCAAAGGAGGGACCCAAAUCAAUUUCACAGUGGCCAUUGACUUCACAGCUUCCAAUGGCAAUCCCUCUCAGUCUACUUCCCUUCAUUACAUGAAUCCUUACCAGCUCAAUGCAUACGCUAUGGCACUGAAGGCUGUCGGCGAGAUCAUCCAGGACUAUGACAGUGACAAAAUGUUCCCAGCACUUGGAUUUGGAGCCAAAAUACCACCUGAUGGCCAUGUGUCUCAUGAGUUCCCCUUGAACGGCAACCUGGACAAUCCUCAUUGUAGUGGGAUAGAGGGAAUCCUUGAAGCCUAUCAUGACAGCCUGAAGACUGUCCAACUCUAUGGCCCAACUAACUUUGCACCAGUGGUUAACCAUGUAGCUAGGUACGCAGCUGCUGUGCAAGAUGGUUCCCAAUAUUUUGUUUUGCUCAUCAUCACUGAUGGUGUGAUAUCAGACAUGGCCCAGACAAAAGAAGCUAUAGUCAAUGCUGCCAAGCUUCCAAUGUCCAUAAUCAUUGUGGGAGUUGGACAGGCUGAAUUUGAUGCCAUGGUAGAGCUGGAUGGAGAUGACAUUCGAAUCUCAUCUCGGGGGAAGGUUGCUGAACGUGACAUUGUCCAGUUUGUUCCAUUCCGGGAUUACAUUGACCGCACAGGAAACCAUGUUCUAAGCAUGGCUCGGCUGGCUAAAGAUGUCCUUGCUGAGAUCCCAGACCAGUUCAUCUCCUACAUGAAAGGGCGUGGCAUCAAACCCAACCCAGCUCCACCUCCAUACACACCCACAGGCCAUACCCUUCAGACCCAAAUUUGAAAACAGGAAGAGGAAAAGAGCACUUGAGUCAAGUGCCUGCAAAACACAAGGCACUCACUUGUGUUAAUUUUCUGUGGACAGCCACCAAGGCAGUAAGCAUACCAUAACAUGAAAAUCUGCAGUGUACUCUUUAGCCCCAAAAAUCCACUUUGGGAACUGGUUAAAGCUGUAAUUCCAGCACACCAAUAUGCACACCAAUUAGAAGCACUGACCAGCCAUGAGAUGCAGCAACCUAGGGGAAAUGUGGGUUUUUUUAAAAAAAGAAAACAGGACAAGUCCAGUCAUUGGCAAGCUUCUUCGUUUCCUGAUUGGGAAUAUCACCAAGAUGAAAGGAGUCUGGUCUGUCUUGACAGUUCUCUUAAGGAGAUCUACAUUAUUCAUUUGGCUUAUGGUUCUUGUGAUGGACCAGCCAGUCCCCAGAUCUUCCAAGCACCUCUCUUUCUCAUAACAGGAAUUUCUAAAGGAUUUGGAAGUUUUAUACCCCAUGUAUAGUCCACCUGACAAGUCAUCUCUUCUGCGUUUCCUCCUUGCUUUAUAAUGGCCCAGCUUGUGGAGUGACCUGACAGGCUGAAUAUUGUAGUCAAGUUAACUGUGUGAUGUCGCCUCUGAUGGUGUUCCUGCUCUUCCUUGUACCACACACUGUCCUUGAAUUGCUUAAUACCCCUCAUCCUCUGUAAGUCUAAUUUGUCAAAUAUCCGUGUAAGCCUGGUUUGAGUUAGUGCGCCUGUGUGUGCUUUUGCAAAGGUCCUUUUUGUUUGUUUUUUUAAGUCCCAGUUUUUGGCAAGGUGCCAUCUGCCCUUUGACCUCUGAACAGCACUGUGCAGAGUGUAAAUAAGAUGUUCUGAAUGUGAGAAUAGGAGAACAGAGUAAGGACUGGGCCUGUGUUAUUGAUCUUGCUGCAAUCCUAUCAAUCAUGCUGGUUGAGUCCUAACUCAGGAAGGCCAUAGGCUCUGGGCUUCAGCUCCAUGGGCAUAGAGGGGUCCUGUCCUUCGUCCUGUCCCAGGGUCAGACUGAAGCAAUUUCUGUGCUUGCAGCGCAGAGGGUUUUGGAAGAGUCUGGUUGGCCUUUCUUCAUUUUCAGCUUUCGCAAGGCACACAACUACUACAUAAAAUGUCCAAACUUAGUUUACAAGGCAGGCCCAGAGCAAAAGCAGUUAGGCAUGGAGUCUCAGCAGUUGCGUAAACAUUCCUCUUUCCUCACUGGACAGGCCCUGAAUGAGGCACUUUGUAAAUUAUUUUGUUUGUGUAUUUAUUUCAAUUCAUACCUUCUCCUCUCCUCUAGGUUAAGGAUAGCUUACACUUUAACCAUACUGUUAAUUACAUUUAAUGCUACCUACCCCUUUCUAAGAUCAGAAGGCCCAACAAAUUGUGCUUUACACAGCUGCCAGCACAAAAGUUUCUUUGUUCAUUCUCCCUGCCUCCCUAUUGUCUCUCCAGUCCCAGUCUGCUUUUACCCCCCAUUCACACAUUCUUCUCUUCUCUCACACAUCACCACCUCCUUUCGCAACCACUAAGCAACUGCCUCUUUUAUUCAGUAAUUCUUAAGCAACCCCCAGAAGUUAUAUUUGACAUCCUGGGAGAAUAAUGGGUGCUAGAGGUGAAAACAUCAGGGUUGAGGACUGGUGAGUUUCUCCUGCUGGGAAUAUUGCUUAUAUAACUGGUUAUUACCUGUAUAAUUUGUUAGAGAACAAAAAUGCCCCUCCACCUCAUUUUAAAAUCCAUAUUUAGCAGAAUGUUCGCCAUGUAUUUAAAUAUGUUCGUAAACACUUACAAAUUGCCUUUCCUCCCUUUGCCUUUGAACUUGCUGAUUCAGACAGGUUCUGAGAGCCCAGACCAUUCACGGAAUCUGAGCUGCUGAUUCAUCAUGACUUCUAACCUCCAGAGAUAUCCUGACUUUGCUAUUAGAAUAUAAGAUUAAAGGAGAGAUGUAGCAAAGCUUAGUUCUCCAAGCACACUACAUCACUUCUCUCGAUCCAGGUUAUGUCUGUUAAAGUGGCCUUACUGAUCCUGUGCUGUUUAGCUGUUUGAACAGCUAAUUUAGGGUGUAAUUACUUGUUACAGUUUUCUCUAAAGUUCUCUCUAGGUCCCAGUAAAUUUUGUGCUGGGAACUUAAUCCCAGGCAGACAUGGAUAUGAUCAGAUUGGGUGUGUAUGGAGAGGGCAAUUCAGCCUCCCCCAGGAUCAUUUUUGCAAUCUAAAAUGACCUCAGAGGUGAUAGUUGCCCCUUGGGGGCUCCUAGUGCCCUAAUGAUGUACACCUAGGUUUCCCCAGCUAGACAAAUAGUGACCCUUGGGAUUAUUUCAGGAUUGAAAAAUGGUGGUAUAAACCGCCUUUAUUAUGGAUCAAGGCCUCAAUCCCAGUUGGGCCCAUGCAUGCUUGUGAAUAAGUUCCUAGCAUGAAACUUACAAUAUACAUCAGGUCAUAUGGAGGACCCUGGAAAAAUGUAAUAUGCAGUUUAUCCCUUAGGGAAUCUUGGUGGCUGGCUGGGUCAUAAACUCUUAGAGAGCAAAUCAGCCAACAAGGUUUUCUUUAAUACUUUCUAUGGUGGAUUUAGGUUGAUGUGCCCAGAAGCAUAGUCUCACAAUACAAUCCGGAAUUAUGGUCAAGGGGAGCCUUGCCAUUUACUUUAAUAUGACAUGUGGAUUAUUACCAUUGCUUCUACUAACAUUUUGGUCUCCCAAAUUCCUAAAGAAAAUAGGGCAUGACAAUACUUCUUCUUCUUUGCUUUUGCCUUGUUCAGCCUCUCUCCCCUUCAGGUACCACUUAAGAUUAGAAACCUUCACAGAGGAAAGAUAGAGAGGUGUAUAUAACAUGAGAUCAGUUCUGAAAGAGCAAAGGUAUUUAAUAGCAUUUUGCCUGUGCUAAUUUUACCUUUAUGUCUGUGCAUUAUGUCAUGUCAUGCUAUUACAAGUUCAACUGAGUGCUGCAUACUCUGCAGUUUUGUGUGCCAUGUUUCUGUACCCAGUGGGUAAAGCAUGCCAAAGUGUUCCUGUGCCCAGUUAUGUGAGUAUAUGAGCAAGGUGAUACAAAUAAUGCAACCUUAUGCCUUGCUGUGUAUGAACACAGUGUACAGGGGAAAUGUGUCAGGCAAAGAGGGUGCACUGUGCAUGUAAGAUCAGACCUGUUGAACCUCCAGGCCCAAAGAAUAGCUCUUGGGUAGGUUUUGGGAUCAGCAGUAAAUCUCCAGGUGAAUGCCUCUGAGUCCAUGGAGAAAAGCUGUUAUGUGUUCUCCCAAAUUCAAAAUUUUAUUGGUUUCUAAACAACCAUUUAGCAUGUUCCUCCCUAUCCCAUUCACCAAUAUUUUUAUUUGCAUGGUAAUGCCCUAGAACUAUUUAUGCUACUGUAGCCUGCAUUGAAUGUCUGAUGUAAUAUGGUUUAUAUUGGAUUGCCUUAACUUAAAUAAAUGAUUCCUUUUAUUAAA